CCUCCCAUGCUGCAUGUGUGUGACUGUAAAUGUUUGACUGGUGUGUGUGCUCACAGUUUAGUCUCUCUGGAGCCUCAGACUCGACAUGACUUCCCCUUCAGGAGGAUCCCCCCUGCAGGUCCACGCGGUCCGCUUUGGCCCGGGUCAGGAGCUGCUGGGGUCUCUGCAGGCGUUUGUGAAGGAAGCAGGACUCAAGGCGCCGUUCAUCAUGAGCUGUGUGGGGAGCGUCACCAAGGCGACGCUCAGGUUGGCAAACGCCACGGCAUCAAACACAAACGAGGUGCUCCACCUGAGCGGGCGGUAUGAGAUCGUGUCCCUGGUCGGCACUCUGAACCCGGACGCUCACCUUCACGUCUGCCUGGCCGACGCCGAGGGCGGCACGGUGGGAGGCCACGUGCUGGGAGGUCUGGAGGUGUUCACCACGGCCGAGGUGGUGAUCGGAGAGGCGACUCAGCUGCAGUUUGAGAGAGAGCUGGACGAGCAGACGGGUUUCCCCGAGCUCGUGGUCCAGCGGCGCUGACAGAGAGAGAGAGAUAAAGGAGAGGUCAGGUUCACCAGGUAACAGCUGCUGACUGUUCCCUCCUUUAAUGUGAAGGAGUGACUUUUAAUCAAACUGUCCAAAGUGUGAAGCUGCUCACAACACAAGCAAAGCACAUUUUCUUACAUCAGCUGAAAGUAUCGAAAUGAAUUAAAACAUGUACAAAACCCUGAU